AUGGGGGUCUGGGGGUUCCUGAAGACGCAGUUUGUGGUCCAUCUGCUCAUCGGAUUCGUCUUUGUCAUCAGCGGCCUCAUCAUCAACUUCCUGCAACUCUGCACCCUGCCACUAUGGGGCGCCAACAAGCAGCUGUACCGCCGCAUCAACUGCCGGCUAUCCUACUCCCUAUGGAGCCAGCUGGUGAUGCUCCUGGAAUGGUGGUCCGGCACGCAGUGUACCCUCUUCACAGACCAGGAGACGGUGGAUCACUUCGGGAAGGAGCACGUCAUCAUCAUCCUCAAUCACAACUUUGAAAUCGACUUCUUAUGUGGCUGGACCAUGUGUGAGCGCUUCGGAGUGUUGGGAAGCUCAAAAGUCCUUGCGAAGAAAGAGCUUCUGAUGGUUCCUCUGAUUGGCUGGACUUGGUACUUCCUAGAAAUUGUAUUCUGCAAACGCAAGUGGGAAGAGGACCGAGACACGGUGAUUCAGGGACUGCAGAACCUGCGGGACUACCCGGAAUACAUGUGGUUCUUGCUGUACUGCGAGGGGACACGCUUCACAGAGACCAAGCAUAAGAUCAGCAUGGAGGUGGCGGACAAGAAAGGUCUGGCUCGUCUGAAAUAUCAUCUUCUGCCUAGAACCCGAGGAUUCACCACGGCGGUCCAGUGCCUCCGAGGGACAGUCUCAGCCGUUUACGAUGUGACGUUAAACUUCCGGGAAAACAAGAAUCCGUCCUUGCUGGGAAUUUUGUACGGGAAAAAAUAUGAAGCCGACAUGUGUGUGAGGCGUUUCCCUCUGGAAGAGAUCCCUCUAGAUGAGAAGGAAGCGGCAGACUGGCUUCACAAGCUGUACCAGGAAAAGGAUGCUCUACAGGAACGGUAUUUCCAAGAGGGCACCUUCCCUGGCCCCCAGAUUUUACCCCCGCCGCCGGCCAUGGACUCUCCUAAACUUCCUAUUCUGGGCCACCCUCCUCCUCUCACCUCUAAUCUCGUUUGCAAUUGGUAUCUUCGCCAGCGGCUCCCCCCCCUCCUGAUCCUGUCCUUCCUGGGCUUCAUGUGGACAGCCUCGUUUGCUGUCCGACGUCUCAUUGGGGUGACGGAGAUAGAGCGGGGGUCCAGUUAUGGUAACAGCGAGGUCAAGAAGAGGGAUUAG